GGAGGAGGAGAGCUGGGUAGAAAAAGCAACAAACCACCAACAAGCAUCGAAAACGGAUUCUCGGCGAAAAGAAGGCGAAGAUGGCGUUAGCACGGCUGCUCCUGCUUUUCGUUCUUACGCUAAAUAUCUGCAAAGGUGAUUUCGAUGGCAAGCUGCUGGACGAAACGGACGAUACGGAUAUGGAGAUCGAGCUGGCGCACGUGAACCGUAACGUGCCAGCACCGAAUUCCAUCAUACCACAUCAGCGGUACAAGUGCCUUUCCUGUGAACCUCCAGAUUGCACUACGGUCCACUCGCACCACUGCCAGAGUGCGAUCCAGUGCUGGAAGUCGAGGACGCGUGAUCAGGAAGGUAACGAGAACGUACAGCGCGGUUGCACGACCGAACACGACCAGCUGCCACUGUACUGUAAUCAGAAUCAGAAGACCAAGAACGGAAACAACAGCGGUGGACCGAAGAAACGGCAUGUGAACUCCUCUGGCACGUAUAACAUCGAGUGCUGCACGGGAGAUUACUGUAACGAUGGGGAGUUUCCGGAGUUGCCAUCACUAAACGUCCCCGAAACCGAAGAGCACGAUCCGUUCGCAGGCCGGAUAGCUAUUGCCGUGCUUGUACCGUUCGGAUCGAUCUUGGCCAUUACCGCCGCUGCCGUGUUUUGCUUACGGCGUGCACAUGCAAAGCGUGUGAAUGCAACCCGCACCAAGUACGAUCCGGAAACUUACUACACCAACGAUGAUGUGCUGCGUGCUACGAGUGCUGGUGAUAGUACGUUGAGGGAAUAUCUACAACAUUCGGUAACGUCGGGCUCCGGCAGUGGUCUCCCGCUGCUCAUACAGCGCACGCUGGCCAAACAGGUUUCACUCUGCGAGUGCAUUGGCCGUGGUCGGUAUGGUGAGGUUUGGCGUGGCAUCUGGCACGGGGAAAGUGUUGCAGUUAAGAUUUUCUUUAGUCGCGACGAAGACUCCUGGAAGCGAGAGACGGAGAUUUAUGGCACCGUCCUGUUGCGGCAUGAAAACAUUCUCGGAUACGUCGGCUCGGAUAUGACGUCGAGAAAUUCCUGCACGCAGCUGUGGCUCAUUACGCACUACUUUCCGCAGGGUUCUUUGUACGAUUUCUUGAACCGCACCGCCAUCACCACGCACCAGAUGAUCACGAUUUGCCUGUCGAUUGCCAAUGGGUUGGUACAUCUGCAUACGGAGAUCUUCGGAACUGAGGGUAAACCGGCCAUCGCACAUCGUGAUCUGAAAACGAAGAAUAUUCUCAUCAGAGCGAAUGGUACGUGUGUGAUCGCGGACUUUGGAUUGGCCGUGAUGCACAGCCAGACGACGAACAAAAUCGACAUCGGUAGUACGGCGCGCGUCGGAACGAAACGUUACAUGGCACCGGAAGUGCUGGAUGAAAGCAUCAACAUGGAGUGUUUCGACGCGCUGCGUAAGGCCGAUAUCUACGCGAUUGGGUUGAUCUUCUGGGAGGUGUGCCGCCGCACGAUAUCCUGUGGCAUUGCGGAGGAGUACAAGGUGCCGUAUUACGAUUACGUGUCGUCCGAUCCCAGCUUUGAGGAGAUGCGGAAGGUGGUGUGUGUGGACAACUAUCGACCGUCGGUACAGAACCGUUGGACCUCCGAUCAGAUUCUCGCCGGGAUGUCCAAGUUGAUGCGCGAAUGUUGGCACACGAACUCGAACGUACGGCUACCGGCGUUGCGCAUCAAAAAGACGCUGCUCAAGUUGGCCAGUUCGGAUGAAACGCUUAAAAUCAAUCCAGACGGUGACUUUAUCGUGUGAUCCGGCACCAGUUUUUGUUGCUUUAACGGAGAACCCCUUCGAAUCACACGCUCAUGACCACCCGGUGGCCACGUGUUGAUCCUCCACACCACAACCUAUCCGUUUUUGGCAUCUACAUAUUAGCCCUUAGUAGUAUCGCGAGAUGCCUUACGGGGCUGCUAGGUGGCGAGUACGAGUUUCGCGUCCGAGUAUAGGCACUGAAAUUAAUCGCUCUCCUCCGAUUAAUCUGUUAGAUAUCGUGUUUGGUCAUAGUUUUCUUAUGGCAAAAGUAGUGGUAGGUAGUAGCAGCAGAAGUAGAUUUAACUCCAACCUAUUCCCCUUUUCCAAGGGCUUAAGUUUGGGUAAACGAUAGAGUAUAGUUAUGUUUAUCUCUUUUAAACCAUACGCGAUAUCACGAGCACUGCACACGGCACGGCCGUAUGUAAACCAUCUCGUCGCCAGGUCCGAUCAUGUGAAAGGAUUUCGAAUUUCGUUCUUUUUUCCAAAGAAAAAAGAAAUUCAGCUAGAACAAGCUGUCCAGUCAAUCUGCACCCUCCAGCAGAUUGCAGUGCCUUGGGUAAUUUGAUAACAUUGUAUUUUUUUGUUCUACUUUUAAUUGCCAAUGUGUGCCAUUCAGCUACUGCGCUGUUGUGACUAGCUGAACCGCUCUCGCUCCGCCACCAUGUUCCACUAAACGUGUGCGGAUGAAAACGACGAGUGCUUCUCCGUUCCGCCUAGCGCCUUAUCGUAGAGGAGGCGGUGGGUGUGUUGUAAAUAAGGAAAAAAAACAGAACCUGAUUUAGAGAUUCGCGAAAGUAAAACAUACACUAGGGCGUAUAGUGCGCGCUAGCGUGUUGUUUCGGUUGACUAGAACAUGAGAGGUAUAUUUAUAAGGAGAGGCAGCGAAAGAAAGUGAAUGUCCGUUUUAUUUUCAUUUGAUAGAAUUGUAAAAAAAUGAAACAUCAUAUGAUAAUACAUGAUAUAGUUUAUAGUGA